CACGGUCCGCUCUUUCGGCCAAUCGGAGCGCAGAUGCCCUAGCGGGAGCUCGGCGUCGCGCGGCUCGGGUGAUCUUGCGCAGAGCGUAGGUGGCGUUCGGCGCUAGCUCCCACUCCGCCUGUCUCUCUUGCAGCCUCCAGGAGAUCCGCUCCGCUCUUCUAAAGCCUCCGCAAUCAUGUGGAUGACACCUAAGAGAAGCAAGAUGGAAGUCGAGGAGGCUCAGGGGUUCCGGCCCGAGUGGACCCGACGUUAUCUGGUGGUGGAGCCCCCGGAGGGCGAAGGGGCCCGCUGCCUGCUCUGCGCCCACCUCGUCGAAUCCGCUUGCGAACGCGACGUCAGGCGCCACUACGAGGCCGAGCACAGGUACUACCAGCGGUAUGUGGAGGAGGGCGAGCGCGAGGCCCUGGUGGAGCGCCUGCGGCAGGGCGACAUCCCCGAGGUCGUCCCGCCCACUCCCGAGGAGCGAGCGGCGCGUGCGGGCCUCGGCAUCGCCCGCCUCCUGGCCUUGAGGGGUCGCGGCGAGGGCGAGGGGGACUUUGUGUACCAGUGCCUGGAGGUGGUGCUGAAUGACGUGCUGCCGGAUCACGUAGGCGUUUUGGGUGGCAUUGAUCUCUCUUCAGAGACCAUCCGGCAGAGGGUCCUGAACAUGAACGAAAACCUACGCGGUCAGCUUUUUAACCGAGCCAAGGACUUUAGGGCCUAUUCCCUUGCCUUGGAUGACCAGGCUUUCGUGGCCUAUGAGAACUACCUCCUGGUUUUCGUCCGCGGCGUGGACGUGGACUUGGAGGUGCAAGAAGAGCUCCUGACCAUCAUCAACCUGACCAAUCACUUCAGUGUGGGCGCUCUCAUGGCGGCGAUCCUGGAGGCCCUGCAGACGGCGGGGCUUAGCUUGCAGCGGAUGGUGGGCCUAACCACCACGCACACCCUGAGGAUGAUUGGUGAGAACUCUGGACUGGUGUCGUACAUGAGAGAGAAGGCCGUGAGCCCCAACUGUUGGAAUGUCAUCCAUUACUCGGGAUUCCUUCACUUGGAACUGUUGAGUUCCUACGAUGUAGAUGUCAAUCAGGUCAUAAGUACCGUAUCGGACUGGAUACUUCUGAUUAAGACAAGAGGCAUCAGGCGGCCCGAAUUUCAGGCUCUGCUGACUUCAUCUGAAUCAGAGCAUGGCGAAAGGGUUAACGGACGGUGUCUGAACAACUGGCUAAGAAGAGGGAAGACUUUAAAACUCAUCUUUUCAUUAAGGAAAGAGAUAGAGGCAUUCUUGGCUUCGGUAGGGGCAACGACAGUCCAUUUCACAGACCCCGAGUGGCUUUGUGAUUUCGGCUUCUUGGUGGACGUGAUGAACCACCUCCGAGAUCUCAGUGAGCUGCUGCGAUUCAACAGAGUCUUCGCUGCUACUGCAUUUGACCACAUUUGUAGCUUUGACGCUAAGCUGAAUUUACUGCACAGACAUCUUGAGGAAAAAAACCUAACCCACUUUGCUGCCUUGAGAGAAGUCGUUGAUGAGCUUAAACAGCAUAUCAAAGAAGAAGAAAAAAUACUUGAUCCGGGUAGGUAUAAAGUGGUGAUCAGUCGCCUGCAGAAAGAAUUUGAUAGACAUUUCAAGGACCUCAAGUUCAUUAAAAAGGACUUGGAACUGUUUGCAAAUCCGUUUAACUUUAAAGCUGAGCAUGCACCUAUUGCAGUAAGGAUGGAGCUGACAAAACUUCAAGCGAAUUCUGACCUUUGGGAGGAAUACAGAAACAAAGACCUGGGGCAGUUCUAUGCUGGAUUGUGUGCUGAAACCUACCCAAUUAUCAAAGGGGUUGCCUAUAAGGUGGCAUCCCUGUUUGAUAGCAGUGAAAUCUGUGAAAAGGCCUUUUCAUAUCUGGUUAGAAACCAGCACACUCUGAGCCAGCCGUUAACAGACGAGCAUCUCCACGCCCUGUUUCGGAUCGCCACAACCGAAAUGGAGCCACAUUGGGAUGCUCUUGUGAGAGUAAGAAAUCCACCUAAUCCGUAAGCUUUUGUGGGACAAUAUUGAAAUACUCCACGAGAAUCCAGUCCUAACAGCAAAAAUUUGAUUUUUCAAGUUGACUCCUUUAGAGUGUGAGAAAGCACCAAGUUUAUUCAUUUAAGUUGUUAACAAUUGAGAUUCUUCUGACUUUUUUUUUUCUCAUCUCAAGAGGCAGCAUGGGACUAGAACAUGCAAACACCUCUUUUCAAACUUAAUGUCAAAGUCGUCAUUGUCUUUUGCUUUUAUGACAUAAUUGUUUUUAAAGCAGUUUAGUACUGAUGAUGUGAGUUGACUUAGGAGUCUGUUUUGAAGAAAUGUUAGGUCAUAUUUUAACGAAAUGUUAAAAUUCUGAUGCAUAUAGUCUAAAAUUAUCAUCUCCUUCAUUGUAUGUUUGAGCCAAUUUGCAGAAAUUCACAUAGCAAGUUCAGAAGUUUCUGAAAAGGAAGAACAUACAUUUAGUGGAGAUACUUGUCUAUCAAAAUGUUUGAAACUUUUAAAAAACAUUGUGAGUCAGGGGUAAAUAUUAGCAGAUUUCCUCCCUCUCACCUCUCACCUCUUCCCUAAACACUACAGUAAUAAUGGUUGAUAUUCCUAAUAGAGGAAAUAAUCAAAUAAAAUUUUAGGAGCAAGAAUUAUUUUUAAAUUGCUGAUUAGAAGGCUUCCUGAAAUUUGGAGGUCAGACUAACCAAUUAUUGGAGGUUUCCCCUGAAUCUCUCACAAUUAGGUGCUGUUUUAUUUACUAGCUCACCUAUUAAAGGACUAUGGUAAGUAUAGAAUCUUAAUGAUUACCUAUUAGUAAUGCUUUUUUUCUAUUGUAGACAAAUGUUUGGCCCUGUCAAGAAGGAUGAAGCAAAAAUAUUUUUGCACUCCAGGAUCAGGAGUUUUCUUAAACGAUUUGUCUGUAUUCCUGUUGUCCCACAUUGCCACUCAAACUGCUCAAUCAAGCUCACAAAGUUUUUGUGAAUGUUGUUACCCUCUGAUACCACCAUCGACCACUCUCCUUGAAGUAGAUGUUUACUUGACUUCGGGAGAUACCAGGUAUGCUUGCUCAGUCUUCUUUGCAGGUACUUCUUUCCCUUAAAUAUCUGUGUUCUUGGGAUAGUUAAAUUUUCUUGUUCUACAUCAUCUUAACUGAUCCCAUUCCCUUUCAUGGUUUCAAGUAUCAUCUAUAUGCACAUGACUCUCAAGUUUAUAUCUCCUUUCUAAACCUUUCCUAACUCAUAUAUCUAAUUGCCAACUUACGUCCAUUUUGCUGUCUCAGGGCAGCACAGUAAGUAUGUCAUUGAUCUUGCCCCUAAACCCCUAAACCUGCUUCUAUCAUGUUUCUCCUUUUGGUAAGUGGUACCACCACUACCACCCAUUCAGUUGGCUUGCCUAAGCCAAAACUUGAGUUAUCCAUGACUUUCCCUCUUCAUACAUCAUAACAUUCACAAAAACCUUUCUGUUAAGUCCACCAUCUAAAUUUUUCUUAAUUCUCGAGUGCUACUCUUCUAAUUCAGGCCAUCAACCUACCUAAAUGAUAGCAACAACCUCCUCAUUAGUCUCCCUUUCUCAGGUUUUGAUCCCUUUCCACACUGCGGCCAGAUUGUUCCAAAAGGCAUAUCUGGUCAUAUCUCUCCACUGCUUUCACCAUUGCUCUUAAAGAUAAGGUAAAUUUCUGUUCGUCUGUCAGGUCUCACUUUAUAUACGACUUCCUCUAGGAAGCCUUCAUUGAUGCCCACUAGACUAUGUACCCCUUCUACAUCCUUCCUAAAUACCCUUUUUUUCCCCCCAGCCAUACACUUAACACACUUAAUUGUUACUUGUUAUUAAUCACUGCUAUAUUGUAAGCUUUAUAAGGGCAGGGACUUCAUGCCUUGCUCAGUGUUAUAUCUGUAGUGAUUAGCACAAUGCCUGGUGUUUCAAUAAAUGUUUGAAUGA